AUGGUGUGGGAAACGCUGCAGGAACGGGCGUGGGGAGCUGAGUGCAGGGGCCAAGGGGCCCAGAGACAUGAGGGGCACAGGACAGGAGCAGGCGGGAUGGUGAGGAGAAGCCGGAGACGGAAGCUGCCCAGGUUCACCGCGCUGUGCAGACGAGAAGAGGGGCUCAGGGUCAAGCGGAGCUGCCCUUCUUGCGGCCCAGAACCCGGGAAUGAAGAGAAGAGGGGGAGAGGGAACCCUAUUUCGGUUCAGUUGUUCCCCCCUGAGCUGGUGGAGCACAUCAUCUCCUUCCUGCCCGUCAGAGACGUGGUCGCACUCGGCGAGACAUGCCACUAUUUCCACGAAGUGUGUGACACGGAGGGCGUGUGGAGGAGGAUCUGCCAGAGGCUCAGCCCCCGGCUCCGAGAGCAGGCGUCCGGGCUCCGGCCCUGGAAGAGAGCCGCCAUCCUAAACUACACAAAGGGCCUGUAUUUCCAGGCGUUUGGGGGCCGCCGGCGCUGUCUGAGCAAGAGCGUAGCCCCCCUGCUAGCCCACGGCUACCGCCGCUUCUUACCCACCAAGGACCACGUCUUCAUUCUCGAUUAUGCUGGCACCCUCUUCUUUCUCAAGAAUGCCCUGGUCUCCUCCACCCUCGGCCAGAUCCAGUGGAAACGAGCCUGCCGCUACGUUGUGCUGUGUCGCGGCGCCAAGGAUUUUGCCUCGGACCCAAGAUGUGACACCGUUUAUCGGAAAUACCUCUAUGUAUUGGCCACUCGGGAGCAGCCAGGCGUGCUGGGCACGACUGGCAGCCGAGCGUGUGACUGCGUGGAGGUCUAUCUGCAGUCCAGCGGCCAGCGGGUCUUCAAAAUGACCUUCCACCACUCCAUGAGCUUUAAGCAGAUUGUGCUGGUGGGCCAGGAGGCACAGCGGGCGCUGCUGCUCCUCACAGAGGAAGGGAAGAUCUACUCUCUGGUGGUGAAUGAGACGCAGCUGGACCAGCCCCGCUCCUACACGGUGCAGCUGGCGCUGAGGAAGGUGUCGCGCUGCCUCCCGCACCUCCGCGUGGCCCGCAUGGCCUCCAACCAGAGCAGCACCCUGUACAUCACGGACCAGGGGGGAGUGUAUUUUGAGGUGCAUACCCCAGGGGUGUAUCGUGAUCUCUUUGGGACCCUUCAAGCCUUUGAUCCCCUGGACCAGCAGAUGCCACUUGCCCUCUCACUGCCCGCCAAGGUUCUAUUCUGCUCACUUGGCUACAAUCACCUCGGCCUGGUGGAUGAAUUUGGCCGAAUCUUUAUGCAGGGAAAUAAUAGGUAUGGACAGCUGGGGACAGGCGACAAGAUGGACCGAGGAGAGCCCACACAGGUCCAUUAUCUGCAGCGCCCCAUCGCCCUGUGGUGUGGCCUCAACAACUCGCUGGUGCUGAGCCACGGCUCAGACUUCAGCAAGGAGCUGCUGGGCUGUGGCUGCGGGGCCGGCGGCCGCCUGCCGGGCUGGCCCAAGGGCAGCGCGUCGUUCGUCAAGCUCCAAGUGAAGGUCCCCUUCUGCGCCUGCGCCCUCUGCUCCAGCCGUGACUGCCUCUACUUGCUGUCCAGCCACGACAUCGAGCACCAUCUCACCUAUCGGGACCUGCCAGCCAGCAGGGUGGUAGGGACCCCCGAGCACAGCCUUGGCACUGGAGUGCCCCAGGACCCCGGGGGCACCGCCCGGGCCUGCGAGGAAUACCUCAGCCAGAUCCACAGCUGCCCGACGCUGCAAGACCGCAUGGAGAAGAUGAAGGAGAUCGUGGGCUGGAUGCCGCUGCUGGCGGCCCAGAAGGAUUUCUUCUGGGAGGCCCUGGACAUGCUGCAGAGGGCGGCCGGCGGGGGCGGCCCGGAGUCCUCGGCCCCUGAGAACUGACGCCCCCGCUUCCACCUCCCCCACGA